GACGAACAUCAGAGUGUGCAGAUUUUUGUUCUAGCCACGUUGAACUAAGUGUCGAAAAGUGUGUGUCGAAUUUUUCCAACAUACUGUCAUUUUGAAAUAGUUUAUCGUUUAUCUCCUGUCUACGUGAGAUUUAGGUAUACUCAGACUCAGAGUCAGAGUUAUCUCUGGGUAUACUCAACAAAGAAAAAGAAAAUUUUAAAAGAAAGUGUUCUGCUGCUCCCAAUCCAGCAUGGCUCGAGGAAAGGUUACACCACAAACGGCUGAAAUUCCAGUUUAUUCUUUUGCUAUAGUUAAAUUCCACCAUGUUGGAGUGGCUCAGUUCGAUGUGGCUCCUCUCAAAUGGAUACAAAAGACCGGGAAUAAGACCAAAAUUUACUGGCCAGGUGAGGAUGAUGCAGCCACCCCAAAAGCAUUAGUAAAUUUGAUAAUGAAGGAAGCUGUAAUUGACAAGGAAACGUGGAUGUUGUACAACAUAACAGUUGUAGCCAAGUUUGACACUUAUGCAGGAGCACAAAAGAAGCUCGACAGUGCUAUUGCUGGUGAAGUGGUGGUCAGCACAGAUCUUGACAACCGAGGCAGAGGUGGAAGGAAUAAAGCUAAGAAAAGGAAUGCUUACGCUGCAUCUGCUCUCCCUCCCACUUCAAGUAAAAAAAGGGUCCGUGCUGCUACUAGUUGUUCAGAUGAAGAAGAAGACAGUGAAAGUAGCUCGCAUAUGGGUUCCGUGGAACUAGCCCCAUCUUCUUCCAGUGAAAAUGACAUUCGAAGGAAUAAAGCUAAGGAAAGGAAUGCUUACGCUGCUUCUGCUCUGACUCCCACUUCAAAUAAAAAAAGGGUCCGUGCUAGUUGUUCAGAUGGAGAAGAAGACAGUGAACGUAGCUCGCAUAUGUGUUCCGUGGAACUAGCCCCAUCUUCUUCCAGUUAUAAUGACAUUCCUCAAGACAAGAGUAAAGUAACUGGUAAGAAACAAGUGCCACCAACAUCAUCAAAUGGUAAAGCUGUCACAGCAAAACAACCACAACUUCAGCUUCCAACUAUUCCAUCUGGGCUUGGAAAGAAACAAGCAAAUUCUGAAAUCAGUCUCAGCACAUCGAAAACAAAGUCGGCACCACCACCGAGAGCUAUAGGUUCUGUGGAUAACACAGAAGGUGGAGCAAAAACUGUUGGCACAGAAGUGGUCCCUCUGAUUUAUGCCAAAAAGUCUACAUUGCCAGACUAUGGUCCGUUGGCAAUGGACGGCAUAGGAAACGAUGGAAUUUCUAGUGCAAAUAAGUCGUCUACUUCAAUGGAGUUUGGCAUUUACAGACAACGUUCAACUACGGUUAGAACAACAGAAGCUUCCCAAAUUUCAACUUUUGUUUCUGAUUCAAAGAAAAUUGAUUUCUUAAUUGAACAAAAUAAGAGGAUUCUUCGCGGCCAAGAACAAAUUAAAGCACAAAAUUUGGAUAUUAAAAAUACUCUCGCAGUUGUGAUGGACAGCACUAUUCCGCGAGAACCAGAUUUAGACGGAAUAAAAGAGGAGUUUCAUAUUCCAGUGACAGAUUUGAAGUUUUUCGACACCCUUAAUGCUGUCCUCAAACAGGACAAAAUCAAGAAAUCAAAAAUGAGGACGUACUUAAUUGGUGUUGGCGGUUCACAAAGUCGAGUUGUUGGUAAUAUGUUAUCAAAACUAAUGAAGUUUUCAGUAGGAGCUCAAUUCUGCCUUAAAGGACAAAAUGCGAACAAACGCCGCUUUGACAAGACUGAAAUUAUGGAUUUAGUAACUGAGUGUGUUCGCUCAACUCCUGGUGUGCGUCUGACCGAAACAGAUGUAAAAACAAAAAUUGGUCGUUGGUUGAAAUCGGCACCUACAAAAUUGGGAAAAGAUGAUACUGAAGAUGAAUCAGCUGAAAGCGGCGAGAACGAUUACUAGAACUAUAUAGUUCUAGUAAGUGUUUUGAAGUGUUUUGAAGUUCUUUUAUUUUGAAGUGUUGGCAUAAUUUUAGCCAACGAAUUGCUUAUUAUUUUACCUUGGUUUUUGAACUGUUUCAUUUGUGUGAUAUCUUUGUAAGAGCUUACUAACCGGGACUAUUUUGAUAUAUAUUUAAGUAAAUGUGUCUUAAAACGUUACAUUGGCGAGAAAUAUAUUAUGAAUUAUAAAA